GGACGGGUACUUCCGGCGAGUGACCUACAGAGUUGCGGAGGUUCCGGUAGAGAGGAGGAUUGCGGAAGAGGGGAAUACCGGGAGUAUCGGGAGCCAUGUCUGUGGGCACAGGGGACAGUGCAGAUGCCGGACUGUAUGGCGCAGAGGAAGAGGAUGUGUGUAGGCCAACAGACUUGUCCGAACUGCUCAAAGAGGGCACCAAAGAAUCGCAUAACCGGGCCGAGAAUACCAAGUUUGUCAGGGAUUUCCUGAAGGGGCGGAUCCAGCGGGAGACAUUCAAGUUGGCCACGGCUGCCCUGUACUUCACUUACUCUGCGUUGGAGGAGGAGCUAGAGCGGAACAAGGAGGAGCCGGCCAUCGUGCCCCUGUAUUUCCCCCAGGAGCUGCACAGGAAGGAGGCGCUGGAGAGGGACCUGUGCUAUUUCUAUGGAGAUGCCUGGGCAGAGGCCAUUCAGUGCUCCGGUGCCACGGAGGCCUAUGUGAGGAGGAUUCGGCACUUGGGUCGGACCAGGCCGGAGCUGCUAGUCGCUCACGCUUACACCCGGUAUAUGGGGGACCUGUCUGGGGGCCAGAUCCUGAGGAAGGUAGCCCAACGGGCUCUACACCUGCCCCCUACAGGGGAGGGCAUCCAGUUCUACGUAUUUGAUAAUGUGACCAACGCCCAGCAGUUCAAGCAGCUGUACAGAGCCCGGCUCAAUGCCCUCGAUUUGGACCCGGAGACCAAGGAGAGCGUCGUACAGGAGGCCAAUCACGCCUUCCAGUUUAAUAUGCAGGUUUUUGAGGAACUCGAUAAAAUCGGCACUGCUCUUCCUGAGGCACAAGAUGGAGGCCUCCCUGUGCAUGAUGGGAAAGGAGAUAUCCGGAAGUGUCCCUAUUAUGCUGCACAGCAAGGUGUGCCCGGGGCCUCGGGGUGCCCGUUUCAUGCCGCCAUGGCUUUGGCAAGACUCCCCCACGUACAGGCCCUGAUUGCAGCCGGUGUCACGGCAAUGGUGGCCUUCCUGGCUUGGUACUUGAUGUGACGCUGGAAGAGUAAUGGGCUGGAUCUGCUAGCCAAUCCUGAGCUUUUCCUUCUUCCACUCCCACAAUCCCAUGGGGCUGAUUUAUCAUCCCCCCCCCCUGCACAUUGAUAUAGCAGUGUCUGUCCUGGUUCAGCGAGGAGCUGCCAUUGGCCACUUCUUUACUCAGAGGUGGCUGCUUUAUCCCAUAGGCUGACAGCGUACGUGCGUGCCUCCGAUAUUAUUGGCUGUCGUAUAAUAGUUGUACCUGGGGCUUGUGGGAUUGAUAUGUAUAAUAGUAAUGUGUGCAUCAACCCGGGCUGCUGGGGGACUGUGCAUGACCCCCCCCCAUACAUGAGCUUCCAUACCGGCUACUGAGGUGAGCGCAUUGGCCCCCAUACCGGCUACUGAGGUGAGCUCAUUGGCCCCCAUACUGGCUACUGAGGUGAGCUCAUUGGCCCCCAUACUGGCUACUGAGGUGAGCGCAUUGGCCCCCAUACUGGCUACUGAGGUGAGCUCAUUGGCCCCCAUACUGGCUACUGAGGUGAGCUCAUUGGCCCCCAUACUGGCUACUGAGGUGAGCUCAUUGGCCCCCAUACCGGCUACUGAGGUGAGCUCAUUGGCCCCCAUACCGGCUACUGAGGUGAGCUCAUUGGCCCCCAUACCGGCUACUGAGGUGAGCUCAUUGGCCCCCAUACCGGCUACUGAGGUGAGCUCAUUGGCCCCCAUACCGGCUACUGAGGUGAGCGCAUUGGCCCCCAUACUGGCUACUGAGGUGAGCGCAUUGGCCCCCAUACCGGCUACUGAGGUGAGCGCAUUGGCCCCCAUACUGGCUACUGAGGUGAGCGUAUUGGCCCCCCAUACUGGCCGUUGUUAGGAGCUCGUUGGCCCCCCAUGUCGGCCGUUGUUAAGAGCACGUUGGCCCCCAUACCGGCUACUGAGGUAAACAUAUUGGCCCCCAUACCGGCCAUGUUAGGAGCCCAUUGGCCCCCAUACCACCCGUUGUUAGGAGCCCAUUGGCCCCCAUACCAGCUACUGAGGUGAAUACAUUGGCCCCCAUACCUGCCGUUGUUAGGAGCCCAUUGGCCCCCCAUACCGGCUACUGAGGUGAACACUUUGGCCCUCAUACCGGCCGUUGUUAGGAGCCCAUUGGCCCCUCCGUACCGGCUACUGAGGUAAACACAUUGGCCCCCAUACCUGCCAUGUUAGGAGCCCAUUGGCCCCCCAUACCACCUGUUGUUAGGAGCCCAUUGGCCCCCCGUACCGGCUACUGAGGUAAACACAUUGGCCCCCAUUCCGGCCAUGUUAGGAGCCCAUUGGGCCUCCCGUACCGGCUACUGAGGUGAACACAUUGGUCCUCAUACCGGCCAUGUUAGGAGCCCAUUGGCCCCCCUGUACCAGCUACUGAGGUAAACACAUUGGCCCCCAUUCCGGCCAUGUUAGGAGCCCAUUGGCCCCCCAUACCGCCUGUUGUUAGGAGCCCGUUGGCCCCCCCAUACCAGCUACUGAGGUGAAUACAUUGGCCCCCAUACCUGCCGUUGUUAGGAGCCCAUUGGCCCCCCCAUACCGGCUACUGAGGUGAACACAUUGGCCCCUAUACCGGCCAUGUUAGGAGCCCAUUGGCCCCCCAUACCGGCUACUGAGGUGAACACAUUGGCCCCCAUAUCGACCAUUGUUAGGAGCCCAUUGGCCCCCCAUACCGGCUACUGAGGUGAACACAUUGGCCCCCAUAUCGACCAUUGUUAGGAGCGCGUUGGGCCCCCCCCCAUACCGGCUACUGAGGUGAACACAUUGGCCCCCAUAUCGACCAUUGUUAGGAGCCCAUUGGCCCCCAUAUCGACCAUUGUUAGGAGCGCGUUGGCCCCCCAUACCGGCUGCGGGCAGGGUGGGUACCCAGUAGAAAGAGGUGCCAGUCUGUAGCAACAUCUGGAGGUUCAACUUCUGAUUCUGAAUAAACAUUUUUCUGAGUCUCA